GCCAAAAAGUGCGGAGCUCUAGGACAAGAUCCACGUACGGUCCUGCGCGAUCCAAGCCACGGUUUUAUAUGAUUCGACCGGUGGCUUCCUUUCGAGUCAACAUUCGCUGCUCUGCUGUGUUAACGUUGUUUUACGACUAAGUUAAACAAAUAAAAAUAAAUAAAUAAAAAAUCAUUGUCGAUCUUAAUCAACGUUGAGGAAUAACCGUGUUCACUCUCGAACACGAACGAUCGAUUUUUGAGAUAUACGCAGAGAGGGGAGAGGGACAGAGACAAAGAGAGAGACAGAGAGAGAGAGAGAGAGAGAGAGAGAGAGAAAGAGAAGAGAGAAGAGAGACGAUUGUUGUUCGGUGAAAAAAAAAGAGUGAAAAUCCAUCGAAGGAAUCAACGAAGGAAAGGUGUCGCGAAGUAUUUUUGUGACUGUUUCAAUGAUCGUGCUAGAUCGUGGUGUGCAUCAUGCAGGGGUUUAAGUCAACGUCUCGGCAGACGUCGGCUCGGUUGGACGGACGAAUUCGUUGAUCGAGAAUGCGGGACUUGACUACGUGACGAGGAAGAAGACGAAGAAGAAGAAGAAAAAAAUAAAUAAAACAGUUUCAAAAACGAUAGACGCUAAGAAGAGGGGAAGAAAAAAGACAGAGAGAGAGAGAGAGAGAGAGAGAGAGAGAAGGAAUUCGGAUUGUAGACUUUCGAUCUCGGAUUUUCUACAGAUGCAAAGAAUCCUUGGAAGACAAUUGAUGAGCGGCCGUCGGUGUUGGUGCGAUCGUUUUCUCUCGAGCUGCCGCCGGUUUUAGGCCUAACGUGCGCGCGCGCGCGUGCGGUGUAGAGCGAAUCGGUGAAAACCGAUCACCGGCAGCGGCAGGAUGAUGUAUUCGCCGGACAAGAUGAUGGGGAGCAAGGGACUCCAUGGGGCACCGAUCACCGCCCCUGGUUGUUUCCCUUCGGGCAGGUAUUCUCCGCCACCAUAUCGUGCCGCGCCGGAUCCCAUGCCGCCGCCGCCGCGACGCUGUAUGCCCAAUCCCACGAGUCGUAUAUUGGAAGAUGCAUCCAUAAUGUGCAAUUCAUGGUCACCGAGGCAUAACGGUGACUUAUUCGGGGGCUUGAACAGCGGUUUGCAAGACGGCUUACUUUCGAGGGCGGAGGCUUUAGCUGCGGAUUUGGGAAAGCACAACGCGGGCACUCCAAUGCCUUUGAAACACGAUCCGGUUUCUGUCUACCAUCACGGUGCUCACAUGCCAACCCCCCAUCCAAAUAACCGGCCGCAUCAUCAGGUACAAUCACACCUCUUUAUGAGUCACCCUGGAAUGGAAAGCCUGGACAUGUUGGACCCAGCAAAUUCCAUGACAACGUUGACGCCGAUGUCCGAGGGAGCUGGUGGUGGUCCGGGUCAUCACGCAGGUAUACAUGGACCUUCGGUGUACGGUGGAAUGAACGGGAUGAUGGGACAUCACCAUCAUCACGGUAACCUUGGUGGUGGAGGUGGAAGCGUACCGCAUCCUGCUCAUCAUCAUCCAGCGAUGGCAGCAGCAGCAGCGGCGGCAGCAGCGGCGGGUCUUCAUCCUGACGCUGAUACGGAUCCGCGAGAAUUGGAGGCAUUCGCAGAACGUUUCAAGCAGAGACGUAUCAAAUUGGGCGUGACACAAGCCGAUGUAGGCAAGGCUUUAGCGAAUUUGAAGUUACCAGGUGUGGGUGCACUUUCUCAAUCGACGAUAUGUCGUUUCGAAUCGCUCACUCUCUCGCAUAACAAUAUGAUAGCACUAAAACCGAUACUCCAAGCCUGGCUGGAAGAAGCCGAGGCUCAAGCGAAAAACAAAAGACGUGAUCCAGACGCACCAUCCGUUUUACCAGCCGGUGAAAAAAAACGUAAGAGGACUAGCAUCGCCGCGCCGGAAAAACGCUCACUCGAAGCAUACUUCGCGGUACAGCCCAGACCAUCCGGUGAGAAAAUUGCCGCGAUCGCGGAGAAGCUCGAUCUUAAGAAGAACGUCGUCAGGGUCUGGUUUUGUAAUCAACGGCAGAAGCAGAAGAGGAUGAAGUUCGCGGCUCAGCAUUGACCCGAGGGUGGCUUGUGACAGCAGAACUGACCCUACCAGUUGCCCAGUCUCGAGCCGAAACCCGAACCCCUGACCGAAUUUCAGGGCUGGCCGUGAAGAUUCAGAAAAAAGAUUUUCUUCGUCAUCUAUUUUCUUUAUCCCGGUCUCCUUCUUCUUCUUCUCCUCCUUCUUCUUCUUCUUCUUCUUUUUCUUCUUCGAUGUGUCUCGAAAAAACGGCCCGAGAUUUCUACGACUUGAUACUGUGGCCAUCUGGUGCAACAAAUCAGCUGCCGUCGGUGACACUGUUGCAGGCUGAUAUCGAAAAGUGGCUACGAAAAGCCGCAUUAGACGGUCUCUCUCGACGCGUUGUGACAUUGAACCUACCGUGUUUCGGUGUGUCGAUGAAAGGACGAUCUUGUUUGGCUCUUUUGAAAAGGGGGGAUUUUCUCCUGUCUUUGUUUCUCUUUUUCCUUUCUUUCUCCUUUUCUUUCUUUUUUUUUCUUUGUUUCUUUGUCAAUACUAUCUUGCUCAUAAUCGGCAAAGUAAAUAAGACUCAAAGAAAUCUCCGUUUUCUAUAACAACCGGAACAGCGAACGCUUCGAUUUUACGAAGCGAUCGCACGAUAAAACGUUUUACGAGCUCGUUUUACCCCUUUCGUCGUCAUCGUAUACGCCUCUCUCGAGCAAAAUGUGUCGCCCCAUCAACAAAUCGAAUCUUUCCGAACUGACUACUUCAGUUUUUUACGAUGAAAAACAUAGAUACGUGCGAGAGAAUCCUCCCUCGAAUAAUCGAUCGAGAAAAUCGAGAAAAUCGAGAAUCGAGAAAGAAAAGUCCGAAAACGGAAUAAACGCGUCUCGGAAAGUACAAUUCGAAACAUAAAAAAUAUAAAAUAUGUAUUGUUAUAAAAUCGUCGCGCGUUCACAUCGCGGCGAAGUAAAAAAAAGUGAUAUUAAUCCUAAUGAUGACGCUCAGUGAAGUGUUGUAAAGAAGUGAACGGAAAGCAAGCUAGAGAGAGAGAGAGAGAGAGAGAGAGAGAGAGAGAGAGAGAGAGAAAAAGAGAAAAAGAGUAAGAGAGAGAGAGAGAGAAAGAGAGAGAGAGAAAGAGAGAGAGAGAGAGAGAGAGAGAGAAAAAGAGAAAGAGAGAGAGAGAGAGAGAGAGAGAGAGAAUGCAUGUAUGUGCAUGUGCGUGUGUGUAUGUGUAUGUGUGUAAGAGAGAGAGAGAGAGAGAGAGAAAGAGAAUGACCGUGUGAAAGGAAGAAUGUCUGAGAGAGAAUCUAUAGAGUGAAAAAUGAAAGGAGAAAAAGGAAGAAAACAAAAAUAGGAGAAUAUGUUUUACGUAGUGAUGUUGGACAAUCAGUGAAAAGACUGUAUCAUAUCAUAUUAAAGCAAUACACAGUAGCAUUAGUCGUCGAAUUAAACGAAAAGAAAAUAAUGAGAGAUGACAAGAAAGAACGACCAUACAUAUAACCGUUCCUCGUAUUUUCCGCGAUCGUACGUGUACGUUUGAUCGAAGGUAAAAUCGACGAGUAAGAAGAUCGAUUAUAGUCGAUCGACUUUUAUUAUUUCCCCUUUCGCCUAAUCAGGAAUCGUAAAUAAGAUGUUGGUAACGAUCGUCUCUCUCUCUCUCUCUCUCUUUCUCUCUCUCCCUCUUUUUAUUAUUUACUUCCUAUUCUCUAAAGAACAUGCGUAUAUACUUACAUACAUAACACAUACACGCAUAAACAUUUGUACGUACACACAAAGUUCUCCGAGUCUCGUCGUAAAUAUCUUGAAAACGUCUCGGACGAUCGUAGAGAAAAAGAUACUCGAGGAAUCGGCCUAUUCGAAUUUCAUGAAGGAGACUUCGUCUGUAUACAUGAGUACAUAUAUAAAUACAUACAUGCAUAUAUAUAUAUAUAUAUAUAUGAAUAUAUAUAUUUUAUUCUCGAUAAAAUACUCUAUCCACCUAUCGACAACGAAAUCGACACACAAGGGCAACUUUAAAGCGAUACGAAAGAUCUAUGCUCGCUGACACUACAUUGUAUCGAUCUUGAAAAGAGAGAAGAAUCUUGCAAGCGAUUAGAUCAUCACUAAUGGACAGCUCAGCUGUUGCUUAAAGUUUAUCGCGUGCAUCGAGCAAUACCACGAGGAUAAGUACUGAAUCGAGAACUUAAUACGAAUCGUUGUGUAAUAGCUGAACAAAGACACGAGAUAGAAAAAGAGAGAGGAAGAAUGAGUGUGUGAAAAAGAGAGAUAGAUUGAGAGAGAGAGAGAGAGAGAGAGAGAGAGAGAGAGAGAGAGAGAGAGAGAGAGAAAGCGAGAGAUCGAGCGUGCGAGAGAGAGAAAGAGAGAGAGAGAGUGGGGGAUGAAAAAUGGUAGUCAUUUUUAAGAAAACGUGUACAUAAGUAAAAGGGAUAAGUAUUUUCUAGAGGGGUAAUAGUCUAAUUACUAUUCGAUUAAGUAAUCGAUGAAAAAUUCUAGUGCAAUAUAGUAUCUAGUCAAGUUCUUUAUUAUUAUUAUUAUUAUUAUUAUUAUUAUUAUUAUUAUUAUUAUUAUUAUUAUUAUUAUUAUUAUUCCUCUUUGUUGUUUAUCUUCCCUUCUUAUUUUUUUUCGUUUGCUUUUUUUCUUUUUCUUCUUCCUUUUUUUUAACAAACGAUACUUCGACUCGUGUUAAUUGAUAUUAUAUAGAUAUAGAUACACUUCUCGACGACAAAACGUGUUAUUUUCGUAUGCAUUCGUUCGCGACUAUAUGACAGAUCGAUAGCCCGAAUCGAAAUCGAGAUUAUUUGUUAGCCCAUUCUUUCACGAACGUGCAUACAAGCUUAAAGAACUCCGUAAUUUGUCCGACCCACUUUUCCUUUAUAUUCGUAUCGCGGAUAUUCGUUUGACAGCACGGACUGAAUUCCAGUUUGGUAAUUUAUUUGCUUUCCAUUUCGAACAUCGAGCGAUUGUUUUUUCGCCAAAUCGAGACCACGAAAUCGUUGUUGGAUCGUCACGUUUUCAUGGCGGACGUUCGAAAAGACGGCAUUUUAAUUGAGGGAAAACAAAAAAGAAAAAAGAAAGGAAAAAAUAGAACAGAGAAAAAAGAACUGUCUACUGCUAUAAUAAUUCAUGUUAUUAUUAUUAUUAUUUUGUUCUCCCUUUGCGAGUUUUUAACGUGCAGCAGAAAUUUGAGAGUACGAAAAUAUGAUCCACGUUCCGUUUGAUCCAGAAAUAAUCGAUCUUUCACAGAGUGGUCGCAAAGACGCGUUUAUCGGGAGUGUUUCUUGAUGAUAAUGGUAAUAAUAAUAAUAAUACCAAAUCGGAGACCGAAACUAUCCGAUUUAGCUGUCACAAAUUGUACAAUAACGAUCUGUUCGCGGUAAUGCGAUAAGGAAAGUUAACUUAUAUAGAAACCGAUACAAACCGAUGCAUAUUCAUAUUUACGGUUUAAAGGUGAUAUUCUAUAAAAAAUGAGAAAGGUAUUCUGUAGAUAUUAAACACAGGGUAAUCAAGUCAUAUCGCAAUAUGUUUCUCUAAUGAUAACUAUUAUUAUUACUAUUAUUAUUAUUAUCAUUAUCAUUAUUACUAUUUACCAUCGUCAUCAUCAUUAUCAUCAUUAUCUCAUAAUCGUGAAGUACACCUAAAAGCCUUGACAACGUGGCGCGAGUAACGUGAAAUUUCCACAAGCUUUCGGUUUCGAUCGAAAGGAACCAGAAAAAAAAGGAAUCGCGUAUAAACGAGUUCACAAUCACGUAGACAAAUGUUCGCGUAUUUUGCAUAUCUCCGUAAAUAAAAAAGGAAUGGAAAAAUAAUUUCGCAAGACUAACAAAUAUAAGAAAGAAACGAUAAGGAGAAUGGAACGUGUGUGGAUUUUCAAAUCGUCGAGUUACGAUUAUCUUAAAGAUGAAUUUAUACGAGGAAAAAGAUUUUCUAUUCGCGGCUCGUGAAAUUUUUGAAAUUUCUUCUGUUCGUUCGCGAAGAACUUUGAGAAAUUCGUGUCUCGGUCCUUCCGCGUAUAUAAAAAAAAAAAAAAAAAAAAAAUCUGUGUGCCAAGUCCGUUUAAAAAGCAGCGUCUGUCUCUGCCGUUUCUUAACAAAAAGCAAACUAUAUAUUUUAACAAGCCUACGAAUUUCAAGAUUAGCGAUAAGCAAACGCGAAAAAAUUUCAUGCGAAGACGAUAAUAUAUAUUUACCUUGCACAUUCCAUGAUACAAUUACAUCGACCGAACAUAAUCAUUCUAUUCUAUUGUAUGUACUCUCGUAUUAUUAUUCAGCAUUUGUAACCUCGUGUAUGAUUUACGUUAAUUUUUUGAAAGCUAUGUAAAAAUGGUUAGGAAAGAAAGAAAGAGAGAAAAAAAAAGAAAUGGUUCGUUUAUUUGUAGAGAGGUUGGGCAGAUAGGUGGCGACUAAUUAAUUUAAGAAAGCCGAUUUGAUCAGGUUGCGUCUUAUCGAUACGUUGAGGAAAAAGUGAUUAAAAAUGCAUACACACGCAUAUCUUCUUUAUUUUACGAGAAAUGAUCUCGUAACGGCUAUUCGAGAAUCAUUUUAGAAAGCUUGCUAAUAACGAGCUAAGAUAAAAAAUAGAACCGAAAAAGUAUUACGUUGAAGCGUACGACGAUGAAAUUUGUAUAAAAGAUUACGAGAACUACUAAUUAGUAUAAAUAAUUAUUAUCGGUAAUUAGUUUAAAUGUUUAUACAAAUUUAAAAGAAGCCAAAAUGAAUUGUUAAACUUUAAAGUCUUACUCAUAGGUGCUCCCUUUAUGUAAAAUUUCCGCGAAAAAACAAUUACGUUCGUUCAUUUCUGUCGUUAUUCGAAAUAGUGUAUGAAGUAUGAUGAUAGAAAGAUGUAAAAAACGUCAAAGUAUGUAUAAAUAUUCUAACAAUGAGUAUUAUAAAAAGCAAUUUAAAAGUAGAAACUACGUCGACGAAGAAAUGAAACUUUCCUCGCAAAUUUAUAUUACGUAUUGUACAUAAAUAUAUAUAUAUAUAAAUAUGUGUGUAUAUAUAUGUGUAUAUAUAUAUAUAUAUAUAUAUAUAUAUAUAUAUAUAUAUAUAUAUGUAUCACUCUUUAAUUUUUUCCUUCGAAUUAUCGUUAAUCGUCUCCUAUCGACACAGCGUAGUAAUUGAAACACCAUUUAUGAGUAAGACUAUAAUUGCGGAGCGAUAUAAUAAUAUAAUAAAGACAUAUCAUAAAAUAUUAGUUUAAUUGCCUGACAUUGUAGAGAUUUAUAUGUAAAUAUGUUGCGUGCAACUUGGAGAGAAAAGCUCCUAAGAGUUACGAUAAAAUUAUUAGCGAAACAAUUGUCGAAAUGGUAGUUGCCUACUUCACGUUGUCCUUAUUAAUAUUUGUUUUCAUUCGAUUGAGCUUGCAUUGUCUUACAUUCGUAGGCACUUUCAAUAAUCUGUAAAUAAUAAUUGAAGAAUUGUAAAUCUAUUUGUAAAUUGUUAUAUAAUAAUUAAUUCACUAGUUAAAUUCUAUUCGCUUUAGUCUAAUGUAUCCACAUAAAUAUAUAACGCAUUUUCACGGAGAACUUGACAUCUCGUUCGUGUUGUCCCAUAUCAAGGAGACAUAUUUUUCUAAACUUAUGGUCGUCUGUUCGAGCUUUCUCGUCUGAUUUCAUCGAUGAAUAAAUAAACAACAAACAUGAUCUUCAUCCGUAUAAUAACCAUUCGAUAGACAACAUCGUGAACAAAAUAUGAAACUAAAGUGUAAAGAGAAAGAAAGAAAGGAAGAAAGAAAAAGAAAAAAAAAACGGAGAGGGCAGGGUUUUCGAUAAAAUGGGUUUUUUCAAAACCAGAGAAAGAAAGAAAAAAGAAAAAAGAAAAGAAAAAACUCUGUCGAAUCAACAAUAUCCAAUAUCCGUUUUCUAACUACACCAAAUUGCGCGCAAUGUAAAACAAGGAGAAGGAAAGAAUCCUCCAUAAUUGUACAUAUCAUGUGCCAUAACUCAUUUACCAUACUUUGUGUCCAACUUUGUUCCAAGUACCUAUUCAACUAUAAAUAUUAUAGUAUAAUAAAGUAAACCUUGAUGUUAUUGAUAA